AUGAUCACAACAGGCUAUGAGCUUUUGUUCAUUAGCAAUUUAGCUCUCUUUGGGGGAUACUUGCUGGACAAGACCGUUGCCUUUACAAUGGGCUUUCCAUUAGGUUCUCGAAUUGCGUCGGGCCGAGAAGUCUUAACACCGACGAGUAUCACAUUGCCGCGAGAUGUUGACUACUGGACAUUUCGAAAUAACGGUAAACCUUUCCAAAGCAAAGACUGGGUCCGACUGAAGAGAAUAGCCGAUGGCAACCCUAAUGAACAAGCAAUUGGAGCAUUUGGUGUUGGGUUUUAUAGUCUGUUCUCGAUCACGGAUGAGCCCUUUGUCCAGAGCGGCAACGAAUGGAUGGGCUUUUACUGGCGCAAAGGCAGUGAGCAGCUAAUUGCGAGACGGGGAUAUAUCCCUCCGCACUUGCAAGAUUCUGAAUGGACCUCCUUCGAAAUGCCUUUACGAGAACCUACCCCACUACCGGGCUCACCUUUGGAUAUUGCCCGGUUCUUGGCUACGAGUUUAACAUUUAUGGUACACCUCCAAAGUGUAUCUCUUUACUUCGACGGAAAAUACUUGGCUCAAAUUGAGAAAACGACCGGUAUUCCAAGAAAACUAGAUAUACCAUCAGGAUUGAAAUUGACGAGCCCAAGUGGGUUAAUGAGUACGACGAGGAUAACAUCUACUUCUCUUUACAUGAAAGCCACGCUUCCUCGCUGGACACAAAGUACUGCAGAAAUAAGCAAUUCAUCAAAGAUUGAUCAGAGUAUUACGUCGGGCCCAGUCGGCUCACGCCCUGUCUUCCCCCUCAAGACUAUCCUCGAAACCUCAGAUGCGUCGAAACGUAGCUGCUCGUGGCAUGCUGUCAAAACUGUUGAAUCUGUUAUUCAGCUACUAGUAUUUACAGCUGAAUUUUCGGUUCAUUUGGACAAUAAACUGGGUGCUGAACUAGAACGGGCGACAAAGAAAAAGCCUCCUCAUGCUUCUACCUAUCAACUAUUAUUCAUGGGCAAAGACGAAAGCGACGCAAACAAGAGGGAUGGAGCAAAAGGCUCCGAAGUUAGCAAGAGCGUCUUUGAUGGGUUGCAAGCUGAUAUAGAAAGGGCCGGUCACGCACGUGUAUUUAUUGGCCAUGCAACUUCGCAAACUACUGGUAUAGGAGGGCACGCCUCAGCACAAUUUAUCCCGACAGUGGAGAGGGAAUCGAUCGACUUUAUCAACCGAGAUAUUUCCUCAUGGAACAAAGAGCUUUUGUACAUUGGCGGUUUGCUUGCAAGAGCGGUAUAUGAAAUUGAACUUACUUACAUCAAUGAACUCUGGCCUAGUAUCAUGAAUGGUACCACUACAUACUGGACCAACGAAAGCGACGCGGACAACCUUCUCCGGCUGUGGUUACAAAAUCGCUCUUUGCACGCCCUCCAAUUUUUUACGGUCUACCCCACUAAACCAUCAGCCGUUGUUGAGACAGAAUUCCAAGCUGCGUUCUUUGACUCGGGGCCAAUACCUAACCACCCCUUCCCUAUUAUCUCGACUCUCGGGGUGAGGUCCGUGGCUGAAGUGAGGAACUUUAACCCUAGGCUUGUUGGGCUGCUGAAAAAUACGCCUAUGCUUCUCCCGGAGAUUUCAACGAGCAACCCUCUAAUGCUAGCUGCAAUCCAGAAACGCGGGAUGUGCAUGGAUAUCAGUAUACAAGACGUCUUUAAGGAACUCAUAGAUCGCAUUUUGGAUGAACAAGAAGUAAUAGUACUGCUCCAAUGGCUAGCCGGUUUGAAUUGCAGCCGGCCAAACACAGGCAUACAGGAUCUCAAAGAGAUUUAUUCACGCACGAAGUUUUUCGAUCUUGGAAAGGAAGGAAGUCGCCGAAACGUCAUAUCUCUGAUCUCGAUCAAAACAUUUAUCAGCCAUCACCCUGCAAUUAUUCCUGUCGACAGUCCUUUACCGGGGCAUACACUCCCCCCGACAAUUAGUAUAUCUCUUGAAAAUCUGGAGCUCGAUAAGCUGUUUGGAUGGACCAAACUCAGUGUGCCUGACUGGAUCAGUUAUCUUACGUGCCCUGAAGUUCAAGGAAACAGAAACACGGAUAUUGGUCUCAACCCCAGGUUUGCUGAAACUGUACUGGGAGUCAUUGCACGCGCAUGGCCGUCUAUGAACCAAAGAGAUCAAAAGCGCAUCCAUCUCAUGCUCUCUAAUGUCUCUUGCAUUCCUACCACCGCCGGUCUUAAGAUCCCGAAAGAGGUGUAUCUUCUAAGUACGCAUGAAUUUCCAAAUCUAUCGGUCCUUGCCAUGCCUAGCGGGACACCGGUUAGGGGUACUUUUGAGAAAGUCAUGGUAGCUUUGGGGGUGAAGCAGCAUGUUGAACUAGAAAUCGUCUUCAGUCGAAUAACCCAGGAUCCCAACUGGACGACCGCUAAAUUAAUCAAAUACCUUGUCGAUGUUCAGAGUUCACUUUCUUCCGAUGAAAAGGAUUUAUUGAAACAGAGCAAAUUGUUCACGCGUGAGGGAGACAAAAGCCAAGGGGGGAUUUUGUUUUAUAGCGCUAGUGAACUGUAUGAGCCCAUUGAUAUCUUACGCAAUAUGGGGCUCCCAUUGUUAGCAUGGGAUUCCAGUGUGAGGUGGAAACCGGGUUCAGCGGCCAAUUUCCUCUUUGAAUUGGGGCUCAAAAGGUUCCCUCCCUUACAGGUCAUCCUUCCUCUUAUUGGAACAGCAGAUUUGAACAAACGCCGUAUCGUAAUUGAGUACUUUAUGAAAAAUUAUAACGCCUUUUACAAGCAUUAUCGAGCGGACUUUUUCAAGCGUUUAAGAUUUGUUCCAGCGAUCAAAGGCGAUGGAAGUGCCCUCUUAAGUGACCCUACAAUGGUUUACUCAAAUCCCAAAUGUGCCAGCAUGGGGUUUAAUAUCGUAGACCCCAGUUUGGACCAGGACCUAAUCUUCAAACUACAGAUUCGCAAGGACCCUUUGGUUGAUGCUUUGCUUGUCGUGCUGGCUGAUUCGCCUCCUCGUAACCAUGAUUUGGCACGAAAGUCUUACGAAUACCUUGCUAGCCGUAUCGGAGACUUCACGGUUGCUCAACUCACCUAUAUUGCCAUCACUGCAUUUGUGCCGGUACAAGUGCACAGCCAUUGUAUUUCCAAAGACCAAGACCAUUCUGUUCAACGAAUGUUCAAGCCCAGCGAGGUUUAUUUUGGAAACAUGGAAAUUCAGAACGACCCUUGUUCUGGCUUCUUCACCUAUAUUGACUUCGGGGCCGAUGCGGCUAAAUUUUUGAAGGUAGCUGGAGUCAAGGACCAGCCCAAUAGCUCGCAGAUCUGUCAGGCUAUCAUAAGCGACCCUAAGCGUUUUAAGGAUGCUGUGGGGGGUUACGAACAUUACCUGAACUACUUGAAACGCAUCGGAACACAAAUAGAUCUCUUCCGGCCUGAAGUUAUUCAAAAAAUGCGCCAGUCAUGUAUGCUAGUUGGGAAGAGAAAAUCCUCCGAGCUCUCCAAAGGCAACACUGAAGAAAGUGGAGAGAUGGGUGCAAGUGAUAAGAAAACAGACGGUGACGUGCAAUUUGAAUUGUUGACUCCUGAAGAGGUCGUAAUUGUUGACGAUAUACACACUUAUGCUAUAUUUGGACAUGCGGUAUGGAGCGCGCCUCAAGAAGACGAUAUAGAGACGCUCUACAAAACCCUGGGCUCAAGACGCCUCAGUUCGUUGGUGUCCCGAGACUACAAGAUCACUCCCUCAGAUAAGCAUAAGCAUUCAAAUAAAGCUGAAGAUAUUCGGUUGUUGUUACUCGAGCGUCUGCCCAUAUUCCUGCAAGGUUAUACGGACAAAGAUAUAUAUCUUACCCCUGAAUGGCUAUGUCGGGAUAGCAACCUACGGGUUAACAUGGCCCACCAAAUUCAACUAACACGCCAUCUUGAAGACACUCUUAAUCCCCCUGUUUCCCAAGAGCUUUCGGCCACGGCCGAGCGAGACGCAGCCCGGGAUACGGUUACCCUAUGGCUAAGUGAGGAGUUGGAGAUCGAUAGCUUCGAGAUUGCAAACGCCUUGUGCAGCGUUCUUCUAGCUUGUCCUAAGAUUAACGAUAGCAUGUUGUUCACGACCAUAUUAUCCGCCGAUGUAAAAGCUUUGAGGAGGCGAGGACUCGGCGUUGAUAGUUCUUAUACUCGCGGCAAAGUGGAAUAUGCACAGCCCAAGUUGACUCGGCCUCGAGUUGAAAACAAAAGCAGGGACUCUGGGGAGACCGAACUUCAUGCGGCGUCAAGCGUCCCUAAACCAACAGACUUGACAUCGAUCACCUUGCAGGCCGGUCGCACAUCUCCUGAGCCUUCCACUCCCGCGAUAGAUUCAGUGCCCCAAACUAACCCAAACGACAACACCGAGGAAGUACUCCCCACUCUAUAUUCAUGGUCAUUUCCCGGUGCCUUUGGUAGUACUAGUAACCUCAACUGGAUCAACCCCGCGGAACCUUGGUGGCUAGGAAAGACAUCACCACCACACCAAGAACCCCUUACUUCAGACCAGACCGCUGCACAUGAGCCGAAAUAUAACGUUAGCCUCGGGAUUCCACCCUUUUUAUUAGCUCGCGGGGGUCCCUCAGGGAGUGGGCCGCAACCUGAAUUCGCAUGGUCACUGCAGAGCUGGUUCAUGUAUUGUAGUCGACGGCAAAUAGUUAUGGUUAUGGAGCCACUGGAACAGGGGUACUGUCGUUUCGGCGAUUCCAUCGAAAGCUUUUUUUUCUCAGGACUAGUGGAUGGUUACCGAAUCUACACCACUCAAGACACCUUGCAUCCCAAACAGCUCUUGGCGCAAAUAUCUGAUUCAGUCACUCGGUUUGGAAGUCUGAUCGUGGCACCUCUACGGACUGUCUACGGCCUCUUGCCCUCGAGUGUACACAUCGUAUAUAGCAAUAAGGCAGGACUUAUUUCGCUCAGCCAUUACGAUUCGUGUAGUCUUUUCCUAAACUUCAAAUACUACAAGGAUUGGCACGAACGAGGGGACUUGCAAAAAACGUUGACUUUUUGGUACUUUGCUCUUGCCCGAGAGAUUGCUGAUAACUUGAGGGGCCCAUAUACAUAUUCCCGUGAUCACGAAUACGAAUAUAGUGUUAGAGUUCUAUUGGAGCACCAUUUUUCCGAGUUUUCUGCACUUCUUGCUCGUGUCAAAACUACUGCCCAGUGA